AGAAAUUGAAUCCAUCACAGUUGCAUACGUCUGAUCCCUCUGUUGCGCCGUAGGUUGCUUCCUUGUCUUGUCUUGCCUGGUUGAGCCGGCCGGAACGUGUGGCACAGAGAGCGUCGUCAUGGCGGAACAAGCUAAAGAGCCCACCGAGGCGAUGGCGACGGUGGCGGAGGGGGCGCCGGUGACGGCCGAGCGGCCGGUCCGGGCUGACCUGGAGUCCCGCCUCCCAAAGCCCUACUUGGCUCUAGCUCUGGCUGCGCCCGAUGUGAAGAAUCCUCAAGGCACCCAGGGACACGAGCACGGGCAGAAGAGCGUGCUGCAGCAGCAUGUGUCCUUCUUCGACCUGGAUGACGACGGCAUCGUCUAUCCCUGGGAGACUUACGAAGGAAUGCGGGCGCUGGGCUUCAACGUCAUCUUGUCAUUCAUACUGGCAACUGUCUUCAAUGUUGUUUUCAGCUAUCCAACUCUACCUAGCUGGAUACCAUCUCCCCUAUUCCCCGUACACAUCAAAAACAUUCACAGGGGUAAACAUGGCAGCGAUUCCUCGACUUACGACACGGAGGGGAGGUUCAUGCCGGUCAAUUUCGAGAGCAUCUUCAGCAAGAACGCCCGCACGGCGGCGGACAAGCUUACCUUGGGCGAGAUCUGGAGGAUGACCGAGGGCAACCGGCUGCAGUACGACUUCUUCGGAUGGAUAGCAAGCAAGGGGGAGUGGAUAUUGUUGUACUUCAUCGCGAAGGACGACGAAGGGUUCCUUCCGAGGGAGGCUGUUCGCCGCUGCUUCGAUGGGAGCUUGUUCGAGUUCAUUGCCCAGCAAAGGAGGCAAGCACACGAGAAGCAGCAGUAGACUGCCACUCUCUUAUCCUGGAAUGUCUUCAUGUGUAUGUAUGAUUGUAGACCAGGUAAUUACAUCACGUAUCUAGUGCAAAAUAUUACCUCGUGUGUAUGGCUCUGAAAUAAAACACAAAUGAACCUUCAGCAGACAAAUAUUGUGCUUUUCUUCUCAAUGUACUUCAUAGAGAAUAUUGGCACUGCUUGGACAAUAGACUUUAUUAGAAUA